UAAAUAUUGUAUGCGGCAGGCGAGAGAAGUGUCGAACAGCUCCUGUGUGUGUAAAUGUGGCGUCAUGAAAAGGGGACAUAUGGCAUAAAAGUCGCGUGGGAUACACUCAGAGCUCUGCACUGAACGAACGAAGCUGCGAUACAUGUCUUGCGCAAGCCUCAAACUCUUGAAAGACGUUCGUUAUCCCCUUAUAAGCCGCUGUAGGCAUCCAUGAUCCGAUAAUCGAGCAGCGGAGACCCAAUCCUACUCAAUUUCCUACAUGCCUCCCAAAGCUCAUCGCGCUGGCGCAACGGGCCUCCCUCGUACACACUCCCGUUCAUCGUCAGGAGGCUCCUCUAAAGCAGCACUGAACCUUCAUUUCACGCAGAAGGAUCCCGCUCCAGCGAAGCAAGCCGAAAAAACAAAGAAAAACGGUUUAGUUCAUGACUCACAUUCAAGAAAUACUUCGCCAUAUCCUCCUCGAGUGAAUAGCUCGGCACGUCUUGCCUCAAGGGAACAGUUGCCAGUGCAAGCGCAGCGACAUGUGCCUCCCUCAAACCAGCGGCAGACAACCGGCAAACCUAAAGCAGGAUUUACUAUUGCUAGCCAAAGUGCAGAUGAAGAUGAUGAGUGGAUUUCCAGCGAGAGCGGGGCAGCGACUCCGAGCAGUAUGAGCUCUGAUAGUGGCAGGUCUCGGACACCGGUCGAGUCGCAUAGAACUUUACUUCCCGCGGCCCAGCCAAUUGAUGAACCCAUAUACCGACCGGAAACUCCAAGAGCCCAACCGCUCUCUAUGUCCCGAGUGCCUACCAUCCGCCCCUCCGAGGCACUGGCUCGAGCGUCAUCAGCUGUAGCUGUGUCAGCUGCACGUGCAUCACCAACUCCAGCACUAGCUACAUCUAGGCAUCAAAUGGAGCAAUCUAAUCUCUCUCAGCGCCCUCAUCCUGAGCCCCGUAUCAUGGAGACUCGCUCAGAGAACACAUCGCCUGUCCAUCGCUCGCAUCCACACAAGCGUCAGUCAGUGACGCGUCCGCCAUCUACUCAUUCGGCGGCGAGCAGAAAUGAUGCACCAUUACGCCCCCAUCCACUCAUUCGAGGUCAAUCAUAUGGCUAUGCCGCUCCAGUGACACCACGGAUGGUGCCUCUCGCCCCACUCACCAUCACAUCUGAAGCUGCUUCAGCGCACAUAUCCACCCCCCAACCUUAUGAUGCGGAGGGUACAAUAUCCACUUCGCCGUCCAGUAUCAAGACUACGUAUGCUCCACCACCUAACCGCAGAACAUCAGUGUCAUCCGUACGUUCGGUGGCCACUGUUCCAACUCAAGCACAUAUCCAACAACCCCAUUUCAAGGCCGUACACGACCGCACCCGCACCCUUUCGUCCAUUUCAUCCAACUCAUCGAGCUCUGUACAAGCGUUAUCAUCACUUGCACAACUUCCUACCACCCGUCCGUCAACGCCACAAUAUGCCUCGCAUUUUCCUGCAGCUAGUCUUUACGCCAACCUUGAAACUGUGCACCCGUUACUCCCACCACCUUACCUUAGUGCACACCUGUCCAUCCUUGCGCACCAAAGUCCGUUGAGGGAGUCGUACGAUAGAGUUAUCGCUGCCAAGGAGCAACAACGACGUGGAGAGAGUGCAUGAGGCGUUCAUACCGGAGAUUUUGAAUUUAACUAACUGGUCUGUGGAAUAUCUAUACAUACCAUUAUUACCGAUCGUUUCAUCGUUGGAUCCAACAUAUCAAUUUGUGUCGAUUUUGUACCAUUAUGGACUGUCCAAUACCAUUCACUGUCCUAGUCUAUUCGAACGCUACUUGGGCGUCUCACAAGUCUUCGGAAUUUAUCCAUAGGGACAUAUCGACGUUUAUUGUCCAGAUGAUCUCCCGUCAUUGCGAUAGCCUUGAAUCUGAGUACUUGUAUCAUAAGACACGCUUGAGCUCAGUAGCCCUUUCCCUCGAGGAUGGCAUUGGUACUCUUAAUUUGGUAGAGC